AUGCAUUGGCUAGCUUGGAGAAAACUGUGUCGACACAAGAGGGACGGGGGUUUAGGCUUCAGAGUCAUCGAGGAUUUCAAUACGACUUUACUAGCAAAACAAUUAUGGCGAUUAAUGGAUAAUCCGGAAUCCCUUUUCGCUAAAGUGUUCAAGGGACGAUACUAUCGGAACUCGUCUCCCAUGGACCCAAUACGAUCUUACUCUUCGUCAUAUGGAUGGCAGAGUAUUAUCUCUGCUCGACCUCUGGUUCAAAAAGGGCUUAUUAAAAGAGUCGGUUCAGGAUCGUCUAUCUCUGUAUGGUAUGAUCCUUGGAUUUCUGACUCUCGCCCGAGGUCAGCUAUUUGCAAGGGUUUUAAUUUCUACCCCCAGUUAAUGGUGAGUCAGUUAAUUAAUUCUCGGUCAUCAACGUGGAACCUUCCACUAUUACACCAAUUGUUUGAGAGUGAAGAGAUUGCUCGUAUCACUGGUAUCACAAUUGCAACCAGUUCCAAACCCGAUCCUUGUGGAUGGAUAUUUACAAAAACGGGUCGGUAUACGGUCAAAUCGGGGUAUAGUUUGUUACAAGAGUUAACGGAAGCUGAGGCUCUUCCGGUCUUUGGCCCGGAUACACGGAAACUGCAAGCACAGUCAUGGAUGGUAUUUUCGAACGAUGAUCAGGACCCGAGAGAUGUCCUUGAAUCGGCAAUAACUGAGGCCCGUGCAUGGGCGGCUGCCCAAACGGUGCCCGCGAGGGAAUCACGGAACUUGGUCCCUCACACGGAACCAAAUUUAGUGGCUGAAUGGUGCCAAGUAGAUGGGGCGUGGAAGGAAACAGAUUGUCGGGUGGGACUAGGCGAGGGUUAUCACCUUUACAGCAGAGCUGGAAGCUCUAGCUGGGCAAUGCAGUGUAUGCUAAUCCAUAAUAAACAGCGAAUGAAUUUUCAAACGGACUGCACAGACUUGGUGAAGAUGGUGUCCGCACCUCGGGAGUGGCUGGCAUUUGCAAAUCUACUUGAAGAGGUUGAGAAGUGCAGGAGGCAGUUCAAGACGUUCUCCUUAACCCACAUACCACGAACAAAGAACACAAAGGCAGACAAGUUAGCACGAAGUGCACGAGCUCAGCCUUACGAUGUGUAUUAUAUCAACUCAGUUCCACCGGUCUCGCUUCCCGAACCGCGUUAG